CCCUAGUCAUCCGUUGUGCCCAAAUUGUAAGUAAAGCUAAAUUUGGAAAUACAGGAUGGAUUUGGGAUCAAUGGGGUUCCUCAAAGCUUUGCUUGUCGCUGUUUAUGCUUUGCACCCCAACUUUUCCCAUGCUGAGACAGCUCCAAAUUACAGUUUCGUUCACGAAUCAACAACAGCACCUCCGGUCUCAUACCACGACUAUAUUGUGGUCGGUGGAGGAGCUGCCGGCUGUCCCUUGGCCGCAACUCUAGCAGAAACCGCCAACGUUUUAGUCCUCGAAAGAGGAGGGUCUCCCUACCGCAACCCUGGUAAGACAGACAAAGGCAACUUCUUGCUCACUCUUUCAGAUCCCUCCCCCGAUUCAUAUGCUCAAAUAUUCGUUACUGAGGACGGAGUAUACAACCACCGAGCACGUGUACUUGGUGGUGGCACCGUCAUCAACGCCGGGUUUUACUCACACGCCGAAACCGAGUUCGUAAAGGAAUCUGGUUUGGAUGAAGCUUUGGUGAAUGAUGCAUAUCAGUGGGUUGAAAACAAGGUGGUUUUCAAGGCACCAUUGUUGCAAUGGCAAACCGCAGUGAGGGAUGGGUUGCUUGAAGCUGGGGUUUUACCAUACAACGGAUUUACAAAUGAACACAUCAAUGGGACUAAAAUUGGUUCAACCAUUUUCGACAUGAAUGAUCAUAGACAUAGUGCAGCUGACUUGCUUGAAUAUGCUGACCCAAAGAAUAUCAUAGUUUACUUGCAUGCCACUGUAACCAAGAUCCUUUUUACAACACAAACUGUUGGAUCAGGAACUAGAGCUAUAGGGGUGAUAUAUGAGGAUGCAUUGGGAGAAAAGCACACGGCAUAUUUAACAAAUGAUUCCAAGAGUGAAAUAAUCGUAUCAGCAGGUGCCAUUGGAAGCUCACAAUUGUUGAUGUUGAGCGGCAUUGGGCCACGUUCUCAACUUGAGCCACUUGGUAUCAAGCUGGUGAUGGACCAACCUAUGGUUGGCCAAGGCAUAGCCGACAAUACAUUGAAUGGUCUUUUUAUUCCAUCCCCUAAUCCCGUUGAGCUCUCACUCCUUUCAACUGUGGGCAUAUCCCUAUUUGUUAACUAUAUUGAAGCUGGAAGUGGAUUGAAUUUGGCUCCUUCUUUUGGGUGGAUUUCCAAGUUUUUGCUCUCCAUCUUGGACCAGACUACUAUUGGGUCCUUCUUCGAUACAAGACUUAACGGUGGCAUCAUCCUUCAAAAAGUUACUCGUCCACUCUCAACAGGCCACCUUGAGCUUCGUAGCACCGAUCCAAACGAGACCCCCAAGGUGAGGUUCAAUUACUCUCAAGAGCCAGAAGACUUGAGAAACUGUGUACAAGGCAUGAAAACCAUAAUCAACGUUGUGAACUCCAAAGCCUUCUCGAAAUUUCGUUACCGAACCAUCUCGACUCAACAGCUUCUGAAUGUGGUGGCAGCACUUCCCUUGAACCAGAGACCGAGACACAUUGAUACUGCUUCGUCUUUGGAACAAUUCUGCAAUGACACUGUGAUGACAUUUUGGCAUCAUCAUGGAGGAUGCCAAGUUGGGAAGGUUGUGGGUGAAGAUUACAAGGUCAUUGGCGUCGAUGGCCUUAGGGUUAUCGAUGCUUCUACCUUUAGUUUCACACCUGGAACUAAUCCUCAGGCUACUGUCAUGAUGCUUGGAAGAGCUAUGGGAGUGCGAAUUCAGAAGGAUAGACUUUCUUAAAGAAGGAUUUAAGAAUCAUACCAAUAGGGAACUCAUCAAAUGGAUAGUUGUAUGUUAUCCUGUAUGUCUAAUAAUUUAAAAGUUAAUAAUUUAUGUGACACCAAUAAUUUGAGUGAAAAA